AUGAAAGCAUUUGACUUCGCGGUGAAGAUGGAAGGCAAGAGUACUGUUGUGCUCGAGGCUGAGUUAAAAAUAAAAAAUGGUGAAGAGCUGAAGCAAUCCGACCAUGGUGCAGUCGUCGAAUUUCUCAAAUUGAAGGAUGAAGAGGAACAGAAAGACAUCAAAGGACUCUAUCCAAACACCAAGGUUGAAUUUUAUCAAGACGUGAAGCCCCAGUGGCCUUUGAAGGAGGAGCAAGGAGACCAGAAGGAUGGCUUCAAGAGUGACGACAAGUCAACUUUGUCUGCCAGUAGACCAGCAGAAACCAACGUGAUUCCUGGUCUGCCGUUAGCUCCUUCACUGGAAGACGACGACGACUUUGAUGUCAAUGACUUCCCAAUUUAUCCUAUGGAGCCAUUGAGGAAUGAUGAUGGCGCUACGAACAUGGUCCAUGCCAUGGAUGAAGGACAGCUUGUGGAAGACGACCGGCGAAUGCGAGUGGACCAACCCACUGGCACCUUGGAAGACGUCGGUCGUCCCUUCAAGGGCGAGAUGCAUCAGACCACUGCCGUUAAGAAAGAGUUACGGGACGACCUGUCUCUCCUGGAUCUUCGACCUGUGAAGCGACAGCGUCUGGAAUUCGAUGGAGUUUUAUUACCAUCCCCGGCUGAAGUUCGUCAACGGUGGGCGUCUGAGGAGGUGAAGCCAGCCCAAGCAAACCCCUCACAUGAGAUUGAGGAAAUGAAUAAGAAUGUUGAAUCAUGGCGUAACCCCAAAAUGAAAAAGCAAGAAAACUUCGAGAUGGACCCUGGAGUUACCAGCAGACGUCUUCUAGCUGCUGGGAUCAACGAACUUCUUGAUUUACGCCUUGAGGACGACCUCAAAGACAUCUUGGUUUCCCGCAAAUUCAUGUCCCAAAGGUUCGGUGGCAGCGCACAAAACUCCAUGCCAUCAAUAGCACAAGCGAACUUUGAAAAACACGGGUUCAAACAUUUCCUCUACUGCAACCCUAGUGUUCAACCAAUGGCGCCUCAGAUAGAAGGCGCUUCUGGCUUGUUUUUUGACCCAGAUCAAAUAGAGGGUUUCACAGGGGGGGGUGUAACAUACAAGCUUUUCACCAGGUUGCGGACGACUCCUAGAGCGGAGUGGAUGUAUUUAGGAGACUAUGAGACGAUUGAGGCUCAGCCACUGUCCAAGGCAGAAUGGAAUGAACAGGAGGGGAAGGUUAAAAGAAAGUGGGCGAACAUGAUAUCAACGGAUGGCUGGGGAUCUCCUGUUCGUAAACGAAUUUCUGCACGAAAGAAGUAUAAAUGUCGCAAUCCCACACAAGAACAACUUAAAAACAUCUCAGACAAGCCGGGGGGGGUGACUGCUGAUGAGAUACAUAGAGCAUUUGAUUGUGGUGACGAGUUUCUACGUGCUUGGGUACUGAAAUGUGUAGGGUUUGAUAAGUCCCUCCAGCGCCAGGUAAAGGAGGAGCUCAAAACGUGGAAGCCCUAG